UCAAACGCACCCAUUAACUUUCUUGAAUUUGUCUUGAGUCUGAGUCUAGAAUGUACCAACGUUUGGUCACUGACGACCUUCUAUCACAGUAAAACUACAAUUCCAUACAUGCCAGGUUGUACACGUCAUAACCAAUUGCAAGAACCCAAUUCCUGGCGGUAGUGCCAGAUCAACGUGGGAUAAAAAUAAAAAGCUCUGUUAGGUUUGGGAUUGGAGUUGCUGUUGGCGAUCAGGAUGAUUGACGUGCAGGCGUGGGCGGAGUACCUGGUGGAGUGGGCGGCCAAGGACCCCUACGGCUUUCUGACCACAGUCAUCCUGGCGCUUACACCCCUCUUCAUCGCCAGCGCCCUGUUGUCGUGGAAACUGGCAAAGAUGAUUGAGGUGCGCGACCGCGAACAGAAGAAGAAGCAGAAACGCCAGGAGAAUAUCGCCAAGGCCAAGAGGACCAAGAAAGACUGAGCUGUAGAGCGAGAGGAGGAAGAAUAGCUACAGUACACAGCUAUGCUCAACGCUCUCUUCACUUGCAACACCGCUCCCCCUCGCCUCCUCAACCCAGUCCAGUGCAGGACCACAGACCAUCACUCCUGUCCAGUCUAGGAAGGAUUGUAGGCCUUACAGUGCUGAGAGGGAACUGUAUAGACAGAGGAGGCUCAUUUGAUUGGGCUAUCAUCAGCGUGUAAACCAGGAUUGUCUGCGUAAUUCACAAUGUGGAGAUCCACUGUCUGAUUAUGGUGGUGUUGCAGUACUUAGCAUUCCAUUUGUAACAACCUCACUUCAAUGAUUUCAUUAACUACUUUGAUUGUUUUUCUGCAUUUUAAAUUACUUAUUAAAUAUCCGAAUAAUUUGCUUGUUUUUAUUAAAUUAAGUUCUAAAUCAAA